AUGGGCCAACAACCAGCUCCUGAGACCCUUGCGAGGGCCACAGGCACAGGGACACGCCGUAGCGAGCAGCCCGACGAGGCCGUGGAUGUGCUGGCCAAGAGCAUCCAGCUUGGAGCUGGCGCAGGGGUCUGCGGGAUACUGUUCGGCGCAACAAGUAGCAUUAUUCGUGGCGUCAAAACUCCUGUUCUGUUUUCCCUGGUCUCCGGCUUUCAGUGGUUUGGCAUCAGCUCUGUAUUUUACGGUACAAGAAAAAUGGCUGUCGCGAGGUAUGGUCCGGAGCACAACGUUACGCCGGCUCAGAAGGUUGGCGCAAGUGCAAUAGCCGGCGCAGUUUCUGUCGUCCCUGUGGGCCUACUGCUGCGCGGGCCCAGGAGCAUCCUCCCAGGCUCUGUCAUCUUCUCUCUGCUCGGAGCUGGUGGUCAAUUGGCAUCCAACAGCUGGUCCGGGUCUGAAACCCCUGCAAAGAAGAGCAAUGGUUGGUUCACUUCGAAAUGGAGUCCAAUGACCAAGCUUUCGGACGAAGACUACAAGGUCAUGCUCGAGGAAAAGAUCCUCAGGGUCGAGGCGGAUUUGGCCAUCCUUGACGAGAACAGAGCAGCUCUCCUCGCAGAAGAGGAGUCCAGGCCCAAACCCGCAACAGAGUCGAGCACUAAAGCAUGA